AUGGUUAGAACAAGAGGUGGACCUUGUGCCUUAGGUAGUGGUACAGGCAGAGGCAUGGGUCAGGAUGAGCAUGAUGUUGAUGUGACUAAGGAUAUUCCUGAUGUGACUGAGGAUGUCCCUCAUGUGGACGAGGACAUGACGACUGUGCACGUAGAUGCCACGGACGUAGCUGCUGAUGGUGCUGAGGGGUCACCUGUUGAUCAUGGCCAGGGAUUCCCUGGUGGCCCACGUGACACAUCAGAACGACCUGAGUUGAAGCUUGUCUCCCACGGUAGGAAAGUUGAUAAAAUUGGGAGUCCAACGCUUGAGAUUGAAGGCCUUGUUGCCGGCACCGGAUUAAGUCCAUUGAUCGGGUGUUCUGUGGUCGUCGGCGAUCUUGGAUGGAUAUCCGCAUUUGCGGAGAGGUGGCAUAGGGAGUCCCACACCUUACACCUUCCAGUGGGGGAGUUGACGAUCACACUGGAUGAUGUAGCAUGUCUCCUCCAUCUUCCUAUCACAGGGGCAUUACACAGGUUUGAGCCUCUGGCCAUGGACGAGGUCGUGUUGUUGUUGAUAGAGCUUUUAGAGGCCCGAUGUUGGAUUGUAGCGGCAUGUGCUUACCUCCUCCACCUGGUGGGUUGUACUCUUUUUGCUAAUAAGAGUUUAACCCAUGUUCAUGUGGUGCAUCUGGGGGCUUUUCGAGACUUGGGUCAGUCUGGGGGCUAUGCAUGGGGAGUUGCCGCCCUGAUUCACAUGUAUGACCAGCUGAAUGAAGCUUCCCAGACCCCCACACGACAAAUGGGUGGAUACUUGACGCUAUUACAGUGUUGGAUAUAUGAGUAUUUUCCCAGUGUUCAUCAGUGCGUCAUUGAUGAUGCGUACGCUGAGACUACCCCACGUGCCUAUAGGUGGCUUACGACGAAGGUGCACAUGAAAGGGAUCAAGGGAGCAUCGUACAGGGCACGUUUAGAUGCUCUGACGAUCACAGACGUUUCCUGGUUGCCCUACAGUGAGCACUGGGAAGUUAGGGGCUUCGAGCUUAUUUCAUGCUACCAGGGGCAACUCAGGUGGGGUCAUCUUGUGGUCUACGUUCGACCAGAGCGGGUUUCUUGUGAAGGUUGCGAAGUGAUCUCAGCGACCACAGAAAGGUUGGAGCGUGUGCUCAACCUUAGGAUGGUGCCUAUAGGAACAGAGUUACAUGACAUCAUGGAAGAUUGCCUGUGGCUCGCUAAGGGAGAGGCCUUUGCUGGAAGUCUUAGGGUGCGACGUAGACAACACAUAGAUUAG